GUGGGUAAUAAAACGACAAUAUAUGUGUUCCUUCUGGAAUCUGGCUCCUCUUUAAAGCUGCCUGCCAGUUUUUUAUGUAGUUCCCGCUGCUGUUUGUGAAUGUUGUUAUCGAUUGAUUGAAUUGACAUCUGUUACGCACAUCGCUCAGGAAGGUCUCAGUUAUAUUGUAAUUUGUGAUUUUUGCAAAUUUGCUGCGUGUUAACUGUGAAGUAUCCUUUUUGUCGAUGUUGUGCAGCAGCACUUUGGAACCUAAUUGGACUCACUCGUUAUCCAAUUUUUACUGGUCUUAACUCUUAUGCGAAUCGGAAGCGGAUAAGCUGAACCUACUAAGCUAUCAUUGAUUCCAUUCUGAGGUGAUACUAAGGAGGUUUCGUUCAAAGUCAGGAAUAAAAUUAGUAAGAAAAUGGCAGAGAAAUCCGCCAGUCCCGAAGAACAGCGAGGCAUGAAGCUGAUUGCAGAGGCGGAAAAGAAAGCGGGCUCUGGGAAAUCAGGAGGAUUUUGGUCCAAGUUCGCUGGAGGUGGCUCAAGCAAAAUUGACGAGGCAAUUGAUCUCUUCUGUCAAGCCGCCAACCAGUUUAAAAUGGCCAAGAACUGGAGUCAGGCUGGCUAUGCGUUCAGCCAAGCCGCCGGACUGAAUUUGCAGUCGGACAACAAGAACGAAGCAGCCAGUAAAUAUAUCGACGCCAGUGUGUGUUACAAGAAAAUCGACGCCAAUCAAGCCAUCGAAUGCCUGAAAAAAGCCGUAGAAAUCCAAACCGAAAUGGGCCGCUUCAGUAUGGCCGCCAAACAGCAUAUUACGAUUGCGGAGAUUUACGAGUCGGAACUGCAGAACAUCGAUCAGGCCAUUGUGCAUUACGAGCGGGCGGCCGAUUACUAUCAAGGCGAGGAAUCCCAGAGUCAUGCCGCCAAAUGUCUGCAGAAGGUGGCGCAUUAUGCCGCCGAAAAGGAGGACUACAUGAAAGCCAUUCAGAUCUUCGAGCAGAUUGCCAACCGAAAUGCCGAGAAUGCCAUGCUGAAGUACAGCGCCAAGGAGUACUUUUUCAAAGCGGCACUGUGCCAUUUAUGCGUCGAUCCGCUGAAUGCGCAGCACGCGUUAACACGCUACGAAGAGACAUUCCCGUCAUUCCAGGAUACUCGAGAGUAUGGAUUGUUGAAGAAAGUUUUGGGUUGUAUGGAGGAUUCCAAUGUGGAUGGUUUCACGGAAGCUGUCCGCGAAUACGAUAGCAUUUCCCGGAUCGACCAAUGGACAACGCAGCUGCUGCUGCGCGCGAAACGAACCUUGGGUGAAGCUGAUCUGACAUGAGUGAUUCCGUUUGCUGUUGGUGCUACCUUUACCCUUACCACAUUCUGCAGUGCGCUGUUAAAGUGCUUCGAAACAUUAAUUUCGUUGAUGUGGGACACGUCUGCAUUAGAUGUUAAUAAUAAUGACAAUUUUUGGUGGUCGAAUUACUCGUUUGUACGCUUAUUAGUAUUGCAUUAUGUCACUGGUGUGUCAAAGAGUUGGCAUUGCACGUAAAACACUUUCGAUUUUUUUUGCUUUUCAUAAGUCUCGUUCAUCAGAUUGUCGUUGACUGUAAGUUUCAUCUUUUCGAUAUAACUAUGUAAUCUUUUUGUUCUUGUGAUUAGAAAUUUAUAACUAUAUUCUAAUACUGACUUUAUUUCAUCACGACUCCUCUUCAGAUAAAAGCGAUGAUAAAAGUGUAACAUUAUGAUUUCCUCA